AUGCAGCACUACCAGACACACACGGAUGAGAGGCCCUACAAGUGUCCUGACUGUGGGAUGGGCUUUAGGAAAAACUGCAAUCUCAUGAGACACCGGCGCAUCCACACUGGGGAGAAACCCUACGAGUGUGAGGUGUGUGGGAAGAGCUUCAGUGACAGCUGCACGCUGAAGUACCACCGGAGGAUCCACACCGGGGAAUGGCCCUACAAGUGUGGGGAUUGUGGGAAGGGCUUCAGGCUACGUUCCAAGCUGGUCCAGCACCAAAGGAUCCACACUGGGGAGAUGCCCUACAAGUGUGGGGAUUGUGGGAAGGACUUCAGGCUACGUUGCAGCCUGACCUGUCACCAGAGGAUCCACACUGGGGAGAGGCCCUACAACUGUGGGGAUUGUGGGAAGGACUUCAGGACAAUCUCUAGUCUCAUCAGGCACCAGCGCAUCCACACUGGGGAGAGGCCCUACGAGUGCUCAGAGUGUGGGAAGAGCUUCAGUGUCUGCUCUGCGCUGAUUUGCCACUGUAGGAUCCACACUGGGGAGACGCCCUACAAGUGUGAGGAGUGUGGGAAGAGUUUCCGGCUGAGCAGCCAAUUGAUCCGCCACCAGAAGACCCACACUGGGGAGAGGCCCUACAAAUGUGGGGAUUGUGGGAAGGAUUUCAGGCAACAUUGCACCCUGAUCCGUCACCAAUUUAUCCACACUGGGGAGAUGCCCUACGAGUGCUCAGAGUGUGGGAAGAAGUUUCCCGUCAACUCCCAGCUCAUGCAGCACUACCAGACACACAUGGCUGAGAGGCCCUACAAGUGUCCUGACUGCGGGAAGGGCUUCAGGCAUAACUCCAAGCUUGUUAUUCACCGGCGCAUCCACACCGGGGAGAAGCCCUAUGAGUGUGAGGUGUGUGGGAAGAGCUUCAGCAACAGCUCCUCACUGAUCCUCCACCGGAGGAUCCACACUGGGGAACGGCCCUACAAGUGUGAGGAGUGUGGGAAGAGUUUCCGGCAGAGCACUGAAUUGAUCCGCCACCAAAAGGUCCACACUGGGGAAAGGCCCUACAAGUGUGGGGAUUGUGGGAAGGACUUCAGGCAACGUUCCAACCUAAUCCGUCACCAAAGUAUCCACACUGGAGAGAAGCCCUACGAGUGCUCAGAGUGUGGGAAGAGGUUUUACUCCCGCUCCCUGCUCAUGCAGCACUACCAGACACAUACGGAUGAGAGACCCUACGAGUGUCCUGUUUGCGGAAAGGGCUUCAGGAAAAACUCCAACCUCAUCAUCCACCGGCGCAUCCACACCGGGGAGAGGCCCUAUGUGUGUACUGAAUGUGGGAAAAGCUUCUCCUGCAGAUCAGCCCGGAGCUCGGACCUGGUGGUUCAUGAGCAGCUUCAUGAUGGGGAGAAGCUCCACAAGUGCUUGGAGUGCGGGAUGAGCUUCAGAUGGAGGAGCAGACUUAUCUGUCACCAGAGGAUCCACACCGGGGAACGGCCCUACAAGUGUGGGGAUUGUGGGAAGGGCUUCAGACGCCGUUGCAACCUGCUCCGUCACCAAAGGAUCCACACUGGGGAGAGGCCCUACAAAUGUGGGGAUUGUGGGAAGGACUUCAGGCAACGUUCCAGCCUAAUCUGUCACCAAAGGAUCCACACUGGGGAGAAGCCCUACGAGUGCUCAGAGUGUGGGAUGAGGUUUCCCGUCAACUCCCAGCUCAUGCAGCACUACCAGACACACACGGAUGAGAGACCCUACGAGUGUCCUGACUGUGGGAAGGGCUUCAGGAAAAACUCCACACUCAUGAGACACCGGCGCAUCCACACUGGGGAGAGGCCCUACGAGUGUCUCGAGUGUGGGAAAGGCUUCAGCGACAGCUGCAGGCUGAUGUACCACCGGAGGAUCCACACUGGGGAGACGCCCUACAAGUGUGAGGAGUGUGGGAAGAGUUUCCGGCUGAGCAGCCAAUUGAUCCGCCACCAGAAGAUCCACACUGGGGAGAGGCCCUGCAUAUGUGGGGAUUGUGGGAAGGGCUUUAGGGAACGUUCCAAGCUGGUCCAGCACCAAAGGAUCCACACUGGGGAGAGGCCCUACAUAUGUGGGGAUUGUGGGAAGGAUUUCAGGCAACAUAGCACCCUGAUCCGUCACCAAUUUAUCCACACUGGGGAGAUGCCCUACGAGUGCUCAGAGUGUGGGAAGAAGUUUCCCGUCAACUCCCAGCUCAUGCAGCACUACCAGACACACACGGCUGAGAGGCCCUACAAGUGUCCUGACUGCGGGAAGGGCUUCAGGGAUAACUCUAGGCUUGUUAUUCACCGGCGCAUCCACACCAGGGAGAAGCCCUAUGAGUGUGAGGUGUGUGGGAAGAGCUUCAGCAACAGCUCCUCACUGAUCCUCCACCGGAGGAUCCACACUGGGGAACGGCCCUACAAGUGUGAGGAGUGUGGGAAGAGUUUCCGGCAGAGCACUGAAUUGAUCCGCCACCAAAAGGUCCACACUGGGGAAAGGCCCUACAAGUGUGGGGAUUGUGGGAAGGACUUCAGGCACCGUUCCAACCUAAUCCGUCACCAAAGUAUCCACACUGGAGAGAAGCCCUACGAGUGCUCAGAGUGUGGGAAGAGGUUUUACUCCCGCUCCCUGCUCAUGCAGCACUACCAGACACAUACGGAUGAGAGACCCUACGAGUGUCCUGUUUGCGGAAAGGGCUUCAGGAAAAACUCCAACCUCAUCAUCCACCGGCGCAUCCACACCGGGGAGAGGCCCUAUGUGUGUACUGAAUGUGGGAAAAGCUUCUCCUGGAGCUCGGACCUGGUGGUUCAUGAGCAGCUUCAUGAUGGGGAGAAGCUCCACAAGUGUGAGGAGUGCGGGAUGAGCUUCAGAUGGAGGAGCAGCCUUACCUGUCACCAGAGGAUCCACACCGGGGAACGGCCCAACAAGUGUGGGGAUUGUGGGAAGGACUUCAGGCGCCGUUGCAACCUGCUCCGUCACCAAAGGAUCCACACUGGGGAGAUGCUUUACGAGUGCUCAGAGUGUGGGAAGAGGUUUCCCGUCAACUCCCAGCUCAUGCAGCACUACCAGACACACACGGAUGAGAGGCCCUACAAGUGUCCUGACUGUUGGAUGGGCUUUAGGAAAAACUGCAAUCUCAUGAGACACCGGCGCAUCCACACUGGGGAGAAACCCUACGAGUGUGAGGUGUGUGGGAAGAGCUUCAGUGACAGCUGCACGCUGAAGUACCACCGGAGGAUCCACACCGGGGAAUGGCCCUACAAGUGUGGGGAUUGUGGGAAGGGCUUCAGGCUACGUUCCAAGCUGGUCCAGCACCAAAGGAUCCACACUGGGGAGAUGCCCUACAAGUGUGGGGAUUGUGGGAAGGACUUCAGGCUACGUUGCAGCCUGACCUGUCACCAGAGGAUCCACACUGGGGAGAGGCCCUACAACUGUGGGGAUUGUGGGAAGGACUUCAGGACAAUCUCUAGUCUCAUCAGGCACCAGCGCAUCCACACUGGGGAGAGGCCCUACGAGUGCUCAGAGUGUGGGAAGAGCUUCAGUGUCUGCUCUGCGCUGAUUUGCCACUGUAGGAUCCACACUGGGGAGACGCCCUACAAGUGUGAGGAGUGUGGGAAGAGUUUCCAGCUGAGCAGCCAAUUGAUCCGCCACCAGAAGACCCACACUGGGGAGAGGCCCUACAAAUGUGGGGAUUGUGGGAAGGAUUUCAGGCAACAUUGCACCCUGAUCCGUCACCAAUUUAUCCACACUGGGGAGAUGCCCUACGAGUGCUCAGAGUGUGGGAAGAAGUUUCCCGUCAACUCCCAGCUCAUGCAGCACUACCAGACACACAUGGCUGAGAGGCCCUACAAGUGUCCUGACUGCGGGAAGGGCUUCAGGCAUAACUCCAAGCUUGUUAUUUACCGGCGCAUCCACACCGGGGAGAAGCCCUAUGAGUGUGAGGUGUGUGGGAAGAGCUUCAGCAACAGCUCCUCACUGAUCCUCCACUGGAGGAUCCACACUGGGGAACGGCCCUACAAGUGUGAGGAGUGUGGGAAGAGUUUCCGGCAGAGCACUGAAUUGAUCCGCCACCAAAAGGUCCACACUGGGGAAAGGCCCUACAAGUGUGGGGAUUGUGGGAAGGACUUCAGGCAACGUUCCAACCUAAUCUGUCACCAAAGUAUCCACACUGGAGAGAAGCCCUACGAGUGCUCAGAGUGUGGGAAGAGGUUUUACUCCCGCUCCCAGCUCAUGCAGCACUACCAGACACAUACGGAUGAGAGACCCUACGAGUGUCCUGAUUGCGGGAAGGUCUUCAGGAAAAACUCCAACCUCAUCAUCCACCAGCGCAUCCACACCGGGGAGAGGCCCUAUGUGUGUACUGAAUGUGGGAAAAGCUUCUCCUGCAGAUCAGCCCGGAGCUCGGACCUGGUGGUUCAUGAGCAGCUUCAUGAUGGGGAGAAGCUCCACAAGUGCUUGGAGUGCGGGAUGAGCUUCAGAUGGAGGAGCAGACUUAUCUGUCACCAGAGGAUCCACACCGGGGAACGGCCCUACAAGUGUGGGGAUUGUGGGAAGGGCUUCAGACGCCGUUGCAACCUGAUCCGUCACCAAAGCAUCCACACUGGGGAGAGGCCCUACAAAUGUGGGGAUUGUGGGAAGGACUUCAGGCAACGUUCCAGCCUAAUCUGUCACCAAAGGAUCCACACUGGGGAGAAGCCCUACGAGUGCUCAGAGUGUGGGAUGAGGUUUCCCGUCAACUCCCAGCUCAUGCAGCACUACCAGACACACACGGAUGAGAGACCCUACGAGUGUCCUGACUGUGGGAAGGGCUUCAGGAAAAACUCCACACUCAUGAGACACCGGCGCAUCCACACUGGGGAGAGGCCCUACGAGUGUCUCGAGUGUGGGAAAGGCUUCAGCGACAGCUGCAGGCUGAUGUACCACCGGAGGAUCCACACUGGGGAGACGCCCUACAAGUGUGAGGAGUGUGGGAAGAGUUUCCGGCUGAGCAGCCAAUUGAUCCGCCACCAGAAGAUCCACACUGGGGAGAGGCCCUGCAUAUGUGGGGAUUGUGGGAAGGGCUUUAGGGAACGUUCCAAGCUGGUCCAGCACCAAAGGAUCCACACUGGGGAGAGGCCCUACAUAUGUGGGGAUUGUGGGAAGGAUUUCAGGCAACAUAGCACCCUGAUCCGUCACCAAUUUAUCCACACUGGGGAGAUGCCCUACGAGUGCUCAGAGUGUGGGAAGAAGUUUCCCGUCAACUCCCAGCUCAUGCAGCACUACCAGACACACACGGCUGAGAGGCCCUACAAGUGUCCUGACUGCGGGAAGGGCUUCAGGGAUAACUCUAGGCUUGUUAUUCACCGGCGCAUCCACACCGGGGAGAAGCCCUAUGAGUGUGAGGUGUGUGGGAAGAGCUUCAGCAACAGCUCCUCACUGAUCCUCCACUGGAGGAUCCACACUGGGGACCGGCCCUACAAGUGUGAGGAGUGUGGGAAGGACUUCAGGCACCGUUCCAACCUAAUCCGUCACCAAAGGAUCCACACUGGGGAGAGGCCCUACGAGUGCUCAGAGUGUGGGAAGAGGUUUUACUGCAGCUCCCAGCUCAUGCAGCACUACCAGACACACACGGAUGAGAGACCCUACGAGUGUCCUGAUUGCGGGAAGGUCUUCAGGAAAAACUCCAACCUCAUCAUCCACCGGCGCCUCCACACCGGGGAGAGGCCCUAUGUGUGUACUGAAUGUGGGAAAAGCUUCUCCUGCAGAUCAGCGUUGACCAUACACCAACGGAGGCACCAAGGCGAAAGACCCAGCCUGGGCCGGGCAGGGGGUCGGAGAUGGAGCCGGAGCUCGGACCUGGUGGUUCAUGAGCAGCUUCAUGAUGGGGAGAAGCUCCACAAGUGCUUGGAGUGCGGGAUGAGCUUCAGAUGGAGGAGCAGCCUUAUCUGUCACCAGAGGAUCCACACCGGGGAACGGCCCUACAAGUGUGGGGAUUGUGGGAAGGGCUUCAGACGCCGUUGCAACCUGAUCCGUCACCAAAGCAUCCACACUGGGGAGAGGCCCUACAAAUGUGGGGAUUGUGGGAAGGACUUCAGGCAACGUUCCAGCCUAAUCUGUCACCAAAGGAUCCACACUGGGGAGAAGCCCUACGAGUGCUCAGAGUGUGGGAUGAGGUUUCCCGUCAACUCCCAGCUCAUGCAGCACUACCAGACACACACGGAUGAGAGACCCUACGAGUGUCCUGACUGUGGGAAGGGCUUCAGGAAAAACUCCACACUCAUGAGACACCGGCGCAUCCACACUGGGGAGAGGCCCUACGAGUGUCUCGAGUGUGGGAAAGGCUUCAGCGACAGCUGCAGGCUGAUGUACCACCGGAGGAUCCACACUGGGGAGACGCCCUACAAGUGUGAGGAGUGUGGGAAGAGUUUCCGGCUGAGCAGCCAAUUGAUCCGCCACCAGAAGAUCCACACUGGGGAGAGGCCCUGCAUAUGUGGGGAUUGUGGGAAGGGCUUUAGGGAACGUUCCAAGCUGGUCCAGCACCAAAGGAUCCACACUGGGGAGAGGCCCUACAUAUGUGGGGAUUGUGGGAAGGAUUUCAGGCAACAUAGCACCCUGAUCCGUCACCAAUUUAUCCACACUGGGGAGAUGCCCUACGAGUGCUCAGAGUGUGGGAAGAAGUUUCCCGUCAACUCCCAGCUCAUGCAGCACUACCAGACACACACGGCUGAGAGGCCCUACAAGUGUCCUGACUGCGGGAAGGGCUUCAGGGAUAACUCUAGGCUUGUUAUUCACCGGCGCAUCCACACCAGGGAGAAGCCCUAUGAGUGUGAGGUGUGUGGGAAGAGCUUCAGCAACAGCUCCUCACUGAUCCUCCACUGGAGGAUCCACACUGGGGACCGGCCCUACAAGUGUGAGGAGUGUGGGAAGGACUUCAGGCACCGUUCCAACCUAAUCCGUCACCAAAGGAUCCACACUGGGGAGAGGCCCUACGAGUGCUCAGAGUGUGGGAAGAGGUUUUACUGCAGCUCCCAGCUCAUGCAGCACUACCAGACACACACGGAUGAGAGACCCUACGAGUGUCCUGAUUGCGGGAAGGUCUUCAGGAAAAACUCCAACCUCAUCAUCCACCGGCGCAUCCACACCGGGGAGAGGCCCUAUGUGUGUACUGAAUGUGGGAAAAGCUUCUCCUGCAGAUCAGCCUCGGACCUGGUGGUUCAUGAGCAGCUUCAUGAUGGGGAGAAGCUCCACAAGUGUGAGGAGUGCGGGAUGAGCUUCAGAUGGAGGAGCAGACUUAUCUGUCACCAGAGGAUCCACACCGGGGAACGGCCCUACAAGUGUGGGGAUUGUGGGAAGGGCUUCAGACGCCGUUGCAACCUGAUCCGUCACCAAAGCAUCCACACUGGGGAGAGGCCCUACAAAUGUGGGGAUUGUGGGAAGGACUUCAGGCAACGUUCCAGCCUAAUCUGUCACCAAAGGAUCCACACUGGGGAGAAGCCCUACGAGUGCUCAGAGUGUGGGAUGAGGUUUCCCGUCAACUCCCAGCUCAUGCAGCACUACCAGACACACACGGAUGAGAGACCCUACGAGUGUCCUGACUGUGGGAAGGGCUUCAGGAAAAACUCCACACUCAUGAGACACCGGCGCAUCCACACUGGGGAGAGGCCCUACGAGUGUCUCGAGUGUGGGAAAGGCUUCAGCGACAGCUGCAGGCUGAUGUACCACCGGAGGAUCCACACUGGGGAGACGCCCUACAAGUGUGAGGAGUGUGGGAAGAGUUUCCGGCUGAGCAGCCAAUUGAUCCGCCACCAGAAGAUCCACACUGGGGAGAGGCCCUGCAUAUGUGGGGAUUGUGGGAAGGGCUUUAGGGAACGUUCCAAGCUGGUCCAGCACCAAAGGAUCCACACUGGGGAGAGGCCCUACAUAUGUGGGGAUUGUGGGAAGGAUUUCAGGCAACAUAGCACCCUGAUCCGUCACCAAUUUAUCCACACUGGGGAGAUGCCCUACGAGUGCUCAGAGUGUGGGAAGAAGUUUCCCGUCAACUCCCAGCUCAUGCAGCACUACCAGACACACACGGCUGAGAGGCCCUACAAGUGUCCUGACUGCGGGAAGGGCUUCAGGGAUAACUCUAGGCUUGUUAUUCACCGGCGCAUCCACACCGGGGAGAAGCCCUAUGAGUGCGAGGUGUGUGGGAAGAGCUUCAGCAACAGCUCCUCACUGAUCCUCCACUGGAGGAUCCACACUGGGGACCGGCCCUACAAGUGUGAGGAGUGUGGGAAGGACUUCAGGCACCGUUCCAACCUAAUCCGUCACCAAAGGAUCCACACUGGGGAGAGGCCCUACGAGUGCUCAGAGUGUGGGAAGAGGUUUUACUGCAGCUCCCAGCUCAUGCAGCACUACCAGACACACACGGAUGAGAGACCCUACGAGUGUCCUGAUUGCGGGAAGGUCUUCAGGAAAAACUCCAACCUCAUCAUCCACCGGCGCAUCCACACCGGGGAGAGGCCCUAUGUGUGUACUGAAUGUGGGAAAAGCUUCUCCUGCAGAUCAGCCUCGGACCUGGUGGUUCAUGAGCAGCUUCAUGAUGGGGAGAAGCUCCACAAGUGUGAGGAGUGCGGGAUGAGCUUCAGAUGGAGGAGCAGACUUAUCUGUCACCAGAGGAUCCACACCGGGGAACGGCCCUACAAGUGUGGGGAUUGUGGGAAGGGCUUCAGACGCCGUUGCAACCUGAUCCGUCACCAAAGCAUCCACACUGGGGAGAGGCCCUACAAAUGUGGGGAUUGUGGGAAGGACUUCAGGCAACGUUCCAGCCUAAUCUGUCACCAAAGGAUCCACACUGGGGAGAAGCCCUACGAGUGCUCAGAGUGUGGGAUGAGGUUUCCCGUCAACUCCCAGCUCAUGCAGCACUACCAGACACACACGGAUGAGAGACCCUACGAGUGUCCUGACUGUGGGAAGGGCUUCAGGAAAAACUCCACACUCAUGAGACACCGGCGCAUCCACACUGGGGAGAGGCCCUACGAGUGUCUCGAGUGUGGGAAAGGCUUCAGCGACAGCUGCAGGCUGAUGUACCACCGGAGGAUCCACACUGGGGAGACGCCCUACAAGUGUGAGGAGUGUGGGAAGAGUUUCCGGCUGAGCAGCCAAUUGAUCCGCCACCAGAAGAUCCACACUGGGGAGAGGCCCUGCAUAUGUGGGGAUUGUGGGAAGGGCUUUAGGGAACGUUCCAAGCUGGUCCAGCACCAAAGGAUCCACACUGGGGAGAGGCCCUACAUAUGUGGGGAUUGUGGGAAGGAUUUCAGGCAACAUAGCACCCUGAUCCGUCACCAAUUUAUCCACACUGGGGAGAUGCCCUACGAGUGCUCAGAGUGUGGGAAGAAGUUUCCCGUCAACUCCCAGCUCAUGCAGCACUACCAGACACACACGGCUGAGAGGCCCUACAAGUGUCCUGACUGCGGGAAGGGCUUCAGGGAUAACUCUAGGCUUGUUAUUCACCGGCGCAUCCACACCGGGGAGAAGCCCUAUGAGUGCGAGGUGUGUGGGAAGAGCUUCAGCAACAGCUCCUCACUGAUCCUCCACUGGAGGAUCCACACUGGGGACCGGCCCUACAAGUGUGAGGAGUGUGGGAAGGACUUCAGGCACCGUUCCAACCUAAUCCGUCACCAAAGGAUCCACACUGGGGAGAGGCCCUACGAGUGCUCAGAGUGUGGGAAGAGGUUUUACUGCAGCUCCCAGCUCAUGCAGCACUACCAGACACACACGGAUGAGAGACCCUACGAGUGUCCUGAUUGCGGGAAGGUCUUCAGGAAAAACUCCAACCUCAUCAUCCACCGGCGCAUCCACACCGGGGAGAGGCCCUAUGUGUGUACUGAAUGUGGGAAAAGCUUCUCCUGCAGAUCAGCCUCGGACCUGGUGGUUCAUGAGCAGCUUCAUGAUGGGGAGAAGCUCCACAAGUGCUUGGAGUGCGGGAUGAGCUUCAGAUGGAGGAGCAGACUUAUCUGUCACCAGAGGAUCCACACCGGGGAACGGCCCUACAAGUGUGGGGAUUGUGGGAAGGGCUUCAGACGCCGUUGCAACCUGAUCCGUCACCAAAGCAUCCACACUGGGGAGAGGCCCUACAAAUGUGGGGAUUGUGGGAAGGACUUCAGGCAACGUUCCAGCCUAAUCUGUCACCAAAGGAUCCACACUGGGGAGAAGCCCUACGAGUGCUCAGAGUGUGGGAUGAGGUUUCCCGUCAACUCCCAGCUCAUGCAGCACUACCAGACACACACGGAUGAGAGACCCUACGAGUGUCCUGACUGUGGGAAGGGCUUCAGGAAAAACUCCACACUCAUGAGACACCGGCGCAUCCACACUGGGGAGAGGCCCUACGAGUGUCUCGAGUGUGGGAAAGGCUUCAGCGACAGCUGCAGGCUGAUGUACCACCGGAGGAUCCACACUGGGGAGACGCCCUACAAGUGUGAGGAGUGUGGGAAGAGUUUCCGGCUGAGCAGCCAAUUGAUCCGCCACCAGAAGAUCCACACUGGGGAGAGGCCCUGCAUAUGUGGGGAUUGUGGGAAGGGCUUUAGGGAACGUUCCAAGCUGGUCCAGCACCAAAGGAUCCACACUGGGGAGAGGCCCUACAUAUGUGGGGAUUGUGGGAAGGAUUUCAGGCAACAUAGCACCCUGAUCCGUCACCAAUUUAUCCACACUGGGGAGAUGCCCUACGAGUGCUCAGAGUGUGGGAAGAAGUUUCCCGUCAACUCCCAGCUCAUGCAGCACUACCAGACACACACGGCUGAGAGGCCCUACAAGUGUCCUGACUGCGGGAAGGGCUUCAGGGAUAACUCUAGGCUUGUUAUUCACCGGCGCAUCCACACCGGGGAGAAGCCCUAUGAGUGCGAGGUGUGUGGGAAGAGCUUCAGCAACAGCUCCUCACUGAUCCUCCACUGGAGGAUCCACACUGGGGACCGGCCCUACAAGUGUGAGGAGUGUGGGAAGGACUUCAGGCACCGUUCCAACCUAAUCCGUCACCAAAGGAUCCACACUGGGGAGAGGCCCUACGAGUGCUCAGAGUGUGGGAAGAGGUUUUACUGCAGCUCCCAGCUCAUGCAGCACUACCAGACACACACGGAUGAGAGACCCUACGAGUGUCCUGAUUGCGGGAAGGUCUUCAGGAAAAACUCCAACCUCAUCAUCCACCGGCGCAUCCACACCGGGGAGAGGCCCUAUGUGUGUACUGAAUGUGGGAAAAGCUUCUCCUGCAGAUCAGCCUCGGACCUGGUGGUUCAUGAGCAGCUUCAUGAUGGGGAGAAGCUCCACAAGUGUGAGGAGUGCGGGAUGAGCUUCAGAUGGAGGAGCAGACUUAUCUGUCACCAGAGGAUCCACACCGGGGAACGGCCCUACAAGUGUGGGGAUUGUGGGAAGGGCUUCAGACGCCGUUGCAACCUGAUCCGUCACCAAAGCAUCCACACUGGGGAGAGGCCCUACAAAUGUGGGGAUUGUGGGAAGGACUUCAGGCAACGUUCCAGCCUAAUCUGUCACCAAAGGAUCCACACUGGGGAGAAGCCCUACGAGUGCUCAGAGUGUGGGAUGAGGUUUCCCGUCAACUCCCAGCUCAUGCAGCACUACCAGACACACACGGAUGAGAGACCCUACGAGUGUCCUGACUGUGGGAAGGGCUUCAGGAAAAACUCCACACUCAUGAGACACCGGCGCAUCCACACUGGGGAGAGGCCCUACGAGUGUCUCGAGUGUGGGAAAGGCUUCAGCGACAGCUGCAGGCUGAUGUACCACCGGAGGAUCCACACUGGGGAGACGCCCUACAAGUGUGAGGAGUGUGGGAAGAGUUUCCGGCUGAGCAGCCAAUUGAUCCGCCACCAGAAGAUCCACACUGGGGAGAGGCCCUGCAUAUGUGGGGAUUGUGGGAAGGGCUUUAGGGAACGUUCCAAGCUGGUCCAGCACCAAAGGAUCCACACUGGGGAGAGGCCCUACAUAUGUGGGGAUUGUGGGAAGGAUUUCAGGCAACAUAGCACCCUGAUCCGUCACCAAUUUAUCCACACUGGGGAGAUGCCCUACGAGUGCUCAGAGUGUGGGAAGAAGUUUCCCGUCAACUCCCAGCUCAUGCAGCACUACCAGACACACACGGCUGAGAGGCCCUACAAGUGUCCUGACUGCGGGAAGGGCUUCAGGGAUAACUCUAGGCUUGUUAUUCACCGGCGCAUCCACACCGGGGAGAAGCCCUAUGAGUGUGAGGUGUGUGGGAAGAGCUUCAGCAACAGCUCCUCACUGAUCCUCCACUGGAGGAUCCACACUGGGGACCGGCCCUACAAGUGUGAGGAGUGUGGGAAGGACUUCAGGCACCGUUCCAACCUAAUCCGUCACCAAAGGAUCCACACUGGGGAGAGGCCCUACGAGUGCUCAGAGUGUGGGAAGAGGUUUUACUGCAGCUCCCAGCUCAUGCAGCACUACCAGACACACACGGAUGAGAGACCCUACGAGUGUCCUGAUUGCGGGAAGGUCUUCAGGAAAAACUCCAACCUCAUCAUCCACCGGCGCAUCCACACCGGGGAGAGGCCCUAUGUGUGUACUGAAUGUGGGAAAAGCUUCUCCUGCAGAUCAGCCUCGGACCUGGUGGUUCAUGAGCAGCUUCAUGAUGGGGAGAAGCUCCACAAGUGUGAGGAGUGCGGGAUGAGCUUCAGAUGGAGGAGCAGACUUAUCUGUCACCAGAGGAUCCACACCGGGGAACGGCCCUACAAGUGUGGGGAUUGUGGGAAGGGCUUCAGACGCCGUUGCAACCUGAUCCGUCACCAAAGCAUCCACACUGGGGAGAGGCCCUACAAAUGUGGGGAUUGUGGGAAGGACUUCAGGCAACGUUCCAGCCUAAUCUGUCACCAAAGGAUCCACACUGGGGAGAAGCCCUACGAGUGCUCAGAGUGUGGGAUGAGGUUUCCCGUCAACUCCCAGCUCAUGCAGCACUACCAGACACACACGGAUGAGAGACCCUACGAGUGUCCUGACUGUGGGAAGGGCUUCAGGAAAAACUCCACACUCAUGAGACACCGGCGCAUCCACACUGGGGAGAGGCCCUACGAGUGUCUCGAGUGUGGGAAAGGCUUCAGCGACAGCUGCAGGCUGAUGUACCACCGGAGGAUCCACACUGGGGAGACGCCCUACAAGUGUGAGGAGUGUGGGAAGAGUUUCCGGCUGAGCAGCCAAUUGAUCCGCCACCAGAAGAUCCACACUGGGGAGAGGCCCUGCAUAUGUGGGGAUUGUGGGAAGGGCUUUAGGGAACGUUCCAAGCUGGUCCAGCACCAAAGGAUCCACACUGGGGAGAGGCCCUACAUAUGUGGGGAUUGUGGGAAGGAUUUCAGGCAACAUAGCACCCUGAUCCGUCACCAAUUUAUCCACACUGGGGAGAUGCCCUACGAGUGCUCAGAGUGUGGGAAGAAGUUUCCCGUCAACUCCCAGCUCAUGCAGCACUACCAGACACACACGGCUGAGAGGCCCUACAAGUGUCCUGACUGCGGGAAGGGCUUCAGGGAUAACUCUAGGCUUGCUAUUCACCGGCGCAUCCACACCGGGGAGAAGCCCUAUGAGUGUGAGGUGUGUGGGAAGAGCUUCAGCAACAGCUCCUCACUGAUCCUCCACUGGAGGAUCCACACUGGGGACCGGCCCUACAAGUGUGAGGAGUGUGGGAAGGACUUCAGGCACCGUUCCAACCUAAUCCGUCACCAAAGGAUCCACACUGGGGAGAGGCCCUACGAGUGCUCAGAGUGUGGGAAGAGGUUUUACUGCAGCUCCCAGCUCAUGCAGCACUACCAGACACACACGGAUGAGAGACCCUACGAGUGUCCUGAUUGCGGGAAGGUCUUCAGGAAAAACUCCAACCUCAUCAUCCACCGGCGCAUCCACACCGGGGAGAGGCCCUAUGUGUGUACUGAAUGUGGGAAAAGCUUCUCCUGCAGAUCAGCCUCGGACCUGGUGGUUCAUGAGCAGCUUCAUGAUGGGGAGAAGCUCCACAAGUGUGAGGAGUGCGGGAUGAGCUUCAGAUGGAGGAGCAGACUUAUCUGUCACCAGAGGAUCCACACCGGGGAACGGCCCUACAAGUGUGGGGAUUGUGGGAAGGGCUUCAGACGCCGUUGCAACCUGAUCCGUCACCAAAGCAUCCACACUGGGGAGAGGCCCUACAAAUGUGGGGAUUGUGGGAAGGACUUCAGGCAACGUUCCAGCCUAAUCUGUCACCAAAGGAUCCACACUGGGGAGAAGCCCUACGAGUGCUCAGAGUGUGGGAUGAGGUUUCCCGUCAACUCCCAGCUCAUGCAGCACUACCAGACACACACGGAUGAGAGACCCUACGAGUGUCCUGACUGUGGGAAGGGCUUCAGGAAAAACUCCACACUCAUGAGACACCGGCGCAUCCACACUGGGGAGAGGCCCUACGAGUGUCUCGAGUGUGGGAAAGGCUUCAGCGACAGCUGCAGGCUGAUGUACCACCGGAGGAUCCACACUGGGGAGACGCCCUACAAGUGUGAGGAGUGUGGGAAGAGUUUCCGGCUGAGCAGCCAAUUGAUCCGCCACCAGAAGAUCCACACUGGGGAGAGGCCCUGCAUAUGUGGGGAUUGUGGGAAGGGCUUUAGGGAACGUUCCAAGCUGGUCCAGCACCAAAGGAUCCACACUGGGGAGAGGCCCUACAUAUGUGGGGAUUGUGGGAAGGAUUUCAGGCAACAUAGCACCCUGAUCCGUCACCAAUUUAUCCACACUGGGGAGAUGCCCUACGAGUGCUCAGAGUGUGGGAAGAAGUUUCCCGUCAACUCCCAGCUCAUGCAGCACUACCAGACACACACGGCUGAGAGGCCCUACAAGUGUCCUGACUGCGGGAAGGGCUUCAGGGAUAACUCUAGGCUUGUUAUUCACCGGCGCAUCCACACCGGGGAGAAGCCCUAUGAGUGUGAGGUGUGUGGGAAGAGCUUCAGCAACAGCUCCUCACUGAUCCUCCACUGGAGGAUCCACACUGGGGACCGGCCCUACAAGUGUGAGGAGUGUGGGAAGGACUUCAGGCACCGUUCCAACCUAAUCCGUCACCAAAGGAUCCACACUGGGGAGAGGCCCUACGAGUGCUCAGAGUGUGGGAAGAGGUUUUACUGCAGCUCCCAGCUCAUGCAGCACUACCAGACACACACGGAUGAGAGACCCUACGAGUGUCCUGAUUGCGGGAAGGUCUUCAGGAAAAACUCCAACCUCAUCAUCCACCGGCGCAUCCACACCAGGGAGAGGCCCUAUGUGUGUACUGAAUGUGGGAAAAGCUUCUCCUGCAGAUCAGCCUCGGACCUGGUGGUUCAUGAGCAGCUUCAUGAUGGGGAGAAGCUCCACAAGUGUGAGGAGUGCGGGAUGAGCUUCAGAUGGAGGAGCAGACUUAUCUGUCACCAGAGGAUCCACACCGGGGAACGGCCCUACAAGUGUGGGGAUUGUGGGAAGGGCUUCAGACGCCGUUGCAACCUGAUCCGUCACCAAAGCAUCCACACUGGGGAGAGGCCCUACAAAUGUGGGGAUUGUGGGAAGGACUUCAGGCAACGUUCCAGCCUAAUCUGUCACCAAAGGAUCCACACUGGGGAGAAGCCCUACGAGUGCUCAGAGUGUGGGAUGAGGUUUCCCGUCAACUCCCAGCUCAUGCAGCACUACCAGACACACACGGAUGAGAGACCCUACGAGUGUCCUGACUGUGGGAAGGGCUUCAGGAAAAACUCCACACUCAUGAGACACCGGCGCAUCCACACUGGGGAGAGGCCCUACGAGUGUCUCGAGUGUGGGAAAGGCUUCAGCGACAGCUGCAGGCUGAUGUACCACCGGAGGAUCCACACUGGGGAGACGCCCUACAAGUGUGAGGAGUGUGGGAAGAGUUUCCGGCUGAGCAGCCAAUUGAUCCGCCACCAGAAGAUCCACACUGGGGAGAGGCCCUGCAUAUGUGGGGAUUGUGGGAAGGGCUUUAGGGAACGUUCCAAGCUGGUCCAGCACCAAAGGAUCCACACUGGGGAGAGGCCCUACAUAUGUGGGGAUUGUGGGAAGGAUUUCAGGCAACAUAGCACCCUGAUCCGUCACCAAUUUAUCCACACUGGGGAGAUGCCCUACGAGUGCUCAGAGUGUGGGAAGAAGUUUCCCGUCAACUCCCAGCUCAUGCAGCACUACCAGACACACACGGCUGAGAGGCCCUACAAGUGUCCUGACUGCGGGAAGGGCUUCAGGGAUAACUCUAGGCUUGUUAUUCACCGGCGCAUCCACACCGGGGAGAAGCCCUAUGAGUGUGAGGUGUGUGGGAAGAGCUUCAGCAACAGCUCCUCACUGAUCCUCCACUGGAGGAUCCACACUGGGGACCGGCCCUACAAGUGUGAGGAGUGUGGGAAGGACUUCAGGCACCGUUCCAACCUAAUCCGUCACCAAAGGAUCCACACUGGGGAGAGGCCCUACGAGUGCUCAGAGUGUGGGAAGAGGUUUUACUGCAGCUCCCAGCUCAUGCAGCACUACCAGACACACACGGAUGAGAGACCCUACGAGUGUCCUGAUUGCGGGAAGGUCUUCAGGAAAAACUCCAACCUCAUCAUCCACCGGCGCAUCCACACCGGGGAGAGGCCCUAUGUGUGUACUGAAUGUGGGAAAAGCUUCUCCUGCAGAUCAGCCCGGAGCUCGGACCUGGUGGUUCAUGAGCAGCUUCAUGAUGGGGAGAAGCUCCACAAGUGUGAGGAGUGCGGGAUGAGCUUCAGAUGGAGGAGCAGACUUAUCUGUCACCAGAGGAUCCACACCGGGGAACGGCCCUACAAGUGUGGGGAUUGUGGGAAGGGCUUCAGACGCCGUUCCGACCUGAUCCGUCACCAAAGCAUCCACACUGGGGAGAGGCCCUACAAAUGUGGGGAUUGUGGGAAGGACUUCAGGCAACGUUCCAGCCUAAUCUGUCACCAAAGGAUCCACACUGGGGAGAAGCCCUACGAGUGCUCAGAGUGUGGGAUGAGGUUUCCCGUCAACUCCCAGCUCAUGCAGCACUACCAGACACACACGGAUGAGAGACCCUACGAGUGUCCUGACUGUGGGAAGGGCUUCAGGAAAAACUCCACACUCAUGAGACACCGGCGCAUCCACACUGGGGAGAGGGCCUGCAUAUGUGAGGAUUGUGGGAAGGGCUUUAGGGAACGUUCCAAGCUGGUCCAGCACCAAAGGAUCCACACUGGGGAGAGGCCCUACAUAUGUGGGGAUUGUGGGAAGGGCUUCAGACGCCGUUGCAACCUGAUCCGUCACCAAAGCAUCCACACUGGGGAGAGGCCCUACAAAUGUGGGGAUUGUGGGAAGGACUUCAGGCAACGUUCCAGCCUAAUCUGUCACCAAAGGAUCCACACUGGGGAGAAGCCCUACGAGUGCUCAGAGUGUGGGAUGAGGUUUCCCGUCAACUCCCAGCUCAUGCAGCACUACCAGACACACACGGAUGAGAGACCCUACGAGUGUCCUGACUGUGGGAAGGGCUUCAGGAAAAACUCCACACUCAUGAGACACCGGCGCAUCCACACUGGGGAGAGGCCCUACGAGUGUCUCGAGUGUGGGAAAGGCUUCAGCGACAGCUGCAGGCUGAUGUACCACCGGAGGAUCCACACUGGGGAGACGCCCUACAAGUGUGAGGAGUGUGGGAAGAGUUUCCGGCUGAGCAGCCAAUUGAUCCGCCACCAGAAGAUCCACACUGGGGAGAGGCCCUACAAAUGUGGGGAUUGUGGGAAGGAUUUCAGGCAACAUAGCACCCUGAUCCGUCACCAAUUUAUCCACACUGGGGAGAUGCCCUACGAGUGCUCAGAGUGUGGGAAGAAGUUUCCCGUCAACUCCCAGCUCAUGCAGCACUACCAGACACACACGGCUGAGAGGCCCUACAAGUGUCCUGACUGCGGGAAGGGCUUCAGGGAUAACUCUAGGCUUGUUAUUCACCGGCGCAUCCACACCGGGGAGAAGCCCUAUGAGUGUGAGGUGUGUGGGAAGAGCUUCAGCAACAGCUCCUCACUGAUCCUCCACUGGAGGAUCCACACUGGGGACCGGCCCUACAAGUGUGAGGAGUGUGGGAAGGACUUCAGGCAACGUUCCAACCUAAUCCGUCACCAAAGGAUCCACACUGGGGAGAGGCCCUACGAGUGCUCAGAGUGUGGGAAGAGGUUUUACUGCAGCUCCCAGCUCAUGCAGCACUACCAGACACACACGGAUGAGAGACCCUACGAGUGUCCUGACUGUGGGAAGGGCUUCAGGAAAAACUCCACACUCAUGAGACACCGGCGCAUCCACACUGGGAAAAGGCCCUACAAGUGUGAGGAUUGUGGGAAGGACUUCAGGCAACGUUCCAACCUAAUCCGUCACCAAAGUAUCCACACUGGAGAGAAGCCCUACGAGUGCUCAGAGUGUGGGAAGAGGUUUUACUCCCGCUCCCUGCUCAUGCAGCACUACCAGACACACACGGAUGAGAGACCCUACGAGUGUCCUGAUUGCGGGAAGGUCUUCAGGAAAAACUCCAACCUCAUCAUCCACCGGCGCAUCCACACCGGGGAGAGGCCCUAUGUGUGUACUGAAUGUGGGAAAAGCUUCUCCUGCAGAUCAGCACUUAUCUGUCACCAGAGGAUCCACACCGGGGAACGGCCCUACAAGUGUGGGGAUUGUGGGAAGGGCUUCAGACGCCGUUCCGACCUGAUCCGUCACCAAAGCAUCCACACUGGGGAGAGGCCCUACAAAUGUGGGGAUUGUGGGAAGGACUUCAGGCAACGUUCCAGCCUAAUCUGUCACCAAAGGAUCCACACUGGGGAGAAGCCCUACGAGUGCUCAGAGUGUGGGAUGAGGUUUCCCGUCAACUCCCAGCUCAUGCAGCACUACCAGACACACACGGAUGAGAGACCCUACGAGUGUCCUGACUGUGGGAAGGGCUUCAGGAAAAACUCCACACUCAUGAGACACCGGCGCAUCCACACUGGGGAGAGGCCCUACGAGUGUCUCGAGUGUGGGAAAGGCUUCAGCGACAGCUGCAGGCUGAUGUACCACCGGAGGAUCCACACUGGGGAGACGCCCUACAAGUGUGAGGAGUGUGGGAAGAGUUUCCGGCUGAGCAGCCAAUUGAUCCGCCACCAGAAGAUCCACACUGGGGAGAGGCCCUACAAAUGUGGGGAUUGUGGGAAGGAUUUCAGGCAACAUAGCACCCUGAUCCGUCACCAAUUUAUCCACACUGGGGAGAUGCCCUACGAGUGCUCAGAGUGUGGGAAGAAGUUUCCCGUCAACUCCCAGCUCAUGCAGCACUACCAGACACACACGGCUGAGAGGCCCUACAAGUGUCCUGACUGCGGGAAGGGCUUCAGGGAUAACUCUAGGCUUGUUAUUCACCGGCGCAUCCACACCGGGGAGAAGCCCUAUGAGUGUGAGGUGUGUGGGAAGAGCUUCAGCAACAGCUCCUCACUGAUCCUCCACUGGAGGAUCCACACUGGGGACCGGCCCUACAAGUGUGAGGAGUGUGGGAAGGACUUCAGGCAACGUUCCAACCUAAUCCGUCACCAAAGGAUCCACACUGGGGAGAGGCCCUACGAGUGCUCAGAGUGUGGGAAGAGGUUUUACUGCAGCUCCCAGCUCAUGCAGCACUACCAGACACACACGGAUGAGAGACCCUACGAGUGUCCUGACUGUGGGAAGGGCUUCAGGAAAAACUCCACACUCAUGAGACACCGGCGCAUCCACACUGGGAAAAGGCCCUACAAGUGUGAGGAUUGUGGGAAGGACUUCAGGCAACGUUCCAACCUAAUCCGUCACCAAAGUAUCCACACUGGAGAGAAGCCCUACGAGUGCUCAGAGUGUGGGAAGAGGUUUUACUCCCGCUCCCUGCUCAUGCAGCACUACCAGACACACACGGAUGAGAGACCCUACGAGUGUCCUGAUUGCGGGAAGGUCUUCAGGAAAAACUCCAACCUCAUCAUCCACCGGCGCAUCCACACCGGGGAGAGGCCCUAUGUGUGUACUGAAUGUGGGAAAAGCUUCUCCUGCAGAUCAGCCCGGAGCUCGGACCUGGUGGUUCAUGAGCAGCUUCAUGAUGGGGAGAAGCUCCACAAGUGUGAGGAGUGCGGGAUGAGCUUCAGAUGGAGGAGCAGACUUAUCUGUCACCAGAGGAUCCACACCGGGGAACGGCCCUACAAGUGUGGGGAUUGUGGGAAGGGCUUCAGACGCCGUUCCGACCUGAUCCGUCACCAAAGCAUCCACACUGGGGAGAGGCCCUACAAAUGUGGGGAUUGUGGGAAGGACUUCAGGCAACGUUCCAGCCUAAUCUGUCACCAAAGGAUCCACACUGGGGAGAAGCCCUACGAGUGCUCAGAGUGUGGGAUGAGGUUUCCCGUCAACUCCCAGCUCAUGCAGCACUACCAGACACACACGGAUGAGAGACCCUACGAGUGUCCUGACUGUGGGAAGGGCUUCAGGAAAAACUCCACACUCAUGAGACACCGGCGCAUCCACACUGGGGAGAGGGCCUGCAUAUGUGAGGAUUGUGGGAAGGGCUUUAGGGAACGUUCCAAGCUGGUCCAGCACCAAAGGAUCCACACUGGGGAGAGGCCCUACAUAUGUGGGGAUUGUGGGAAGGGCUUCAGACGCCGUUGCAACCUGAUCCGUCACCAAAGCAUCCACACUGGGGAGAGGCCCUACAAAUGUGGGGAUUGUGGGAAGGACUUCAGGCAACGUUCCAGCCUAAUCUGUCACCAAAGGAUCCACACUGGGGAGAAGCCCUACGAGUGCUCAGAGUGUGGGAUGAGGUUUCCCGUCAACUCCCAGCUCAUGCAGCACUACCAGACACACACGGAUGAGAGACCCUACGAGUGUCCUGACUGUGGGAAGGGCUUCAGGAAAAACUCCACACUCAUGAGACACCGGCGCAUCCACACUGGGGAGAGGCCCUACGAGUGUCUCGAGUGUGGGAAAGGCUUCAGCGACAGCUGCAGGCUGAUGUACCACCGGAGGAUCCACACUGGGGAGACGCCCUACAAGUGUGAGGAGUGUGGGAAGAGUUUCCGGCUGAGCAGCCAAUUGAUCCGCCACCAGAAGAUCCACACUGGGGAGAGGCCCUACAAAUGUGGGGAUUGUGGGAAGGAUUUCAGGCAACAUAGCACCCUGAUCCGUCACCAAUUUAUCCACACUGGGGAGAUGCCCUACGAGUGCUCAGAGUGUGGGAAGAAGUUUCCCGUCAACUCCCAGCUCAUGCAGCACUACCAGACACACACGGCUGAGAGGCCCUACAAGUGUCCUGACUGCGGGAAGGGCUUCAGGGAUAACUCUAGGCUUGUUAUUCACCGGCGCAUCCACACCGGGGAGAAGCCCUAUGAGUGUGAGGUGUGUGGGAAGAGCUUCAGCAACAGCUCCUCACUGAUCCUCCACUGGAGGAUCCACACUGGGGACCGGCCCUACAAGUGUGAGGAGUGUGGGAAGGACUUCAGGCAACGUUCCAACCUAAUCCGUCACCAAAGGAUCCACACUGGGGAGAGGCCCUACGAGUGCUCAGAGUGUGGGAAGAGGUUUUACUGCAGCUCCCAGCUCAUGCAGCACUACCAGACACACACGGAUGAGAGACCCUACGAGUGUCCUGACUGUGGGAAGGGCUUCAGGAAAAACUCCACACUCAUGAGACACCGGCGCAUCCACACUGGGAAAAGGCCCUACAAGUGUGAGGAUUGUGGGAAGGACUUCAGGCAACGUUCCAACCUAAUCCGUCACCAAAGUAUCCACACUGGAGAGAAGCCCUACGAGUGCUCAGAGUGUGGGAAGAGGUUUUACUCCCGCUCCCUGCUCAUGCAGCACUACCAGACACACACGGAUGAGAGACCCUACGAGUGUCCUGAUUGCGGGAAGGUCUUCAGGAAAAACUCCAACCUCAUCAUCCACCGGCGCAUCCACACCGGGGAGAGGCCCUAUGUGUGUACUGAAUGUGGGAAAAGCUUCUCCUGCAGAUCAGCCCGGAGCUCGGACCUGGUGGUUCAUGAGCAGCUUCAUGAUGGGGAGAAGCUCCACAAGUGUGAGGAGUGCGGGAUGAGCUUCAGAUGGAGGAGCAGACUUAUCUGUCACCAGAGGAUCCACACCGGGGAACGGCCCUACAAGUGUGGGGAUUGUGGGAAGGGCUUCAGACGCCGUUCCGACCUGAUCCGUCACCAAAGCAUCCACACUGGGGAGAGGCCCUACAAAUGUGGGGAUUGUGGGAAGGACUUCAGGCAACGUUCCAGCCUAAUCUGUCACCAAAGGAUCCACACUGGGGAGAAGCCCUACGAGUGCUCAGAGUGUGGGAUGAGGUUUCCCGUCAACUCCCAGCUCAUGCAGCACUACCAGACACACACGGAUGAGAGACCCUACGAGUGUCCUGACUGUGGGAAGGGCUUCAGGAAAAACUCCACACUCAUGAGACACCGGCGCAUCCACACUGGGGAGAGGGCCUGCAUAUGUGAGGAUUGUGGGAAGGGCUUUAGGGAACGUUCCAAGCUGGUCCAGCACCAAAGGAUCCACACUGGGGAGAGGCCCUACAUAUGUGGGGAUUGUGGGAAGGGCUUCAGACGCCGUUGCAACCUGAUCCGUCACCAAAGCAUCCACACUGGGGAGAGGCCCUACAAAUGUGGGGAUUGUGGGAAGGACUUCAGGCAACGUUCCAGCCUAAUCUGUCACCAAAGGAUCCACACUGGGGAGAAGCCCUACGAGUGCUCAGAGUGUGGGAUGAGGUUUCCCGUCAACUCCCAGCUCAUGCAGCACUACCAGACACACACGGAUGAGAGACCCUACGAGUGUCCUGACUGUGGGAAGGGCUUCAGGAAAAACUCCACACUCAUGAGACACCGGCGCAUCCACACUGGGGAGAGGCCCUACGAGUGUCUCGAGUGUGGGAAAGGCUUCAGCGACAGCUGCAGGCUGAUGUACCACCGGAGGAUCCACACUGGGGAGACGCCCUACAAGUGUGAGGAGUGUGGGAAGAGUUUCCGGCUGAGCAGCCAAUUGAUCCGCCACCAGAAGAUCCACACUGGGGAGAGGCCCUACAAAUGUGGGGAUUGUGGGAAGGAUUUCAGGCAACAUAGCACCCUGAUCCGUCACCAAUUUAUCCACACUGGGGAGAUGCCCUACGAGUGCUCAGAGUGUGGGAAGAAGUUUCCCGUCAACUCCCAGCUCAUGCAGCACUACCAGACACACACGGCUGAGAGGCCCUACAAGUGUCCUGACUGCGGGAAGGGCUUCAGGGAUAACUCUAGGCUUGUUAUUCACCGGCGCAUCCACACCGGGGAGAAGCCCUAUGAGUGUGAGGUGUGUGGGAAGAGCUUCAGCAACAGCUCCUCACUGAUCCUCCACUGGAGGAUCCACACUGGGGACCGGCCCUACAAGUGUGAGGAGUGUGGGAAGGACUUCAGGCAACGUUCCAACCUAAUCCGUCACCAAAGGAUCCACACUGGGGAGAGGCCCUACGAGUGCUCAGAGUGUGGGAAGAGGUUUUACUGCAGCUCCCAGCUCAUGCAGCACUACCAGACACACACGGAUGAGAGACCCUACGAGUGUCCUGACUGUGGGAAGGGCUUCAGGAAAAACUCCACACUCAUGAGACACCGGCGCAUCCACACUGGGGAAAGGCCCUACAAGUGUGAGGAUUGUGGGAAGGACUUCAGGCAACGUUCCAACCUAAUCCGUCACCAAAGUAUCCACACUGGAGAGAAGCCCUACGAGUGCUCAGAGUGUGGGAAGAGGUUUUACUCCCGCUCCCUGCUCAUGCAGCACUACCAGACACACACGGAUGAGAGACCCUAUGAGUGUCCUGAUUGCGGGAAGGUCUUCAGGAAAAACUCCAACCUCAUCAUCCACCGGCGCAUCCACACCGGGGAGAGGCCCUAUGUGUGUACUGAAUGUGGGAAAAGCUUCUCCUGCAGAUCAGCCCGGAGCUCGGACCUGGUGGUUCAUGAGCAGCUUCAUGAUGGGGAGAAGCUCCACAAGUGUGAGGAGUGCGGGAUGAGCUUCAGAUGGAGGAGCAGACUUAUCUGUCACCAGAGGAUCCACACCGGGGAACGGCCCUACAAGUGUGGGGAUUGUGGGAAGGGCUUCAGACGCCGUUCCGACCUGAUCCGUCACCAAAGCAUCCACACUGGGGAGAGGCCCUACAAAUGUGGGGAUUGUGGGAAGGACUUCAGGCAACGUUCCAGCCUAAUCUGUCACCAAAGGAUCCACACUGGGGAGAAGCCCUACGAGUGCUCAGAGUGUGGGAUGAGGUUUCCCGUCAACUCCCAGCUCAUGCAGCACUACCAGACACACACGGAUGAGAGACCCUACGAGUGUCCUGACUGUGGGAAGGGCUUCAGGAAAAACUCCACACUCAUGAGACACCGGCGCAUCCACACUGGGGAGAGGGCCUGCAUAUGUGAGGAUUGUGGGAAGGGCUUUAGGGAACGUUCCAAGCUGGUCCAGCACCAAAGGAUCCACACUGGGGAGAGGCCCUACAUAUGUGGGGAUUGUGGGAAGGGCUUCAGACGCCGUUGCAACCUGAUCCGUCACCAAAGCAUCCACACUGGGGAGAGGCCCUACAAAUGUGGGGAUUGUGGGAAGGACUUCAGGCAACGUUCCAGCCUAAUCUGUCACCAAAGGAUCCACACUGGGGAGAAGCCCUACGAGUGCUCAGAGUGUGGGAUGAGGUUUCCCGUCAACUCCCAGCUCAUGCAGCACUACCAGACACACACGGAUGAGAGACCCUACGAGUGUCCUGACUGUGGGAAGGGCUUCAGGAAAAACUCCACACUCAUGAGACACCGGCGCAUCCACACUGGGGAGAGGCCCUACGAGUGUCUCGAGUGUGGGAAAGGCUUCAGCGACAGCUGCAGGCUGAUGUACCACCGGAGGAUCCACACUGGGGAGACGCCCUACAAGUGUGAGGAGUGUGGGAAGAGUUUCCGGCUGAGCAGCCAAUUGAUCCGCCACCAGAAGAUCCACACUGGGGAGAGGCCCUACAAAUGUGGGGAUUGUGGGAAGGAUUUCAGGCAACAUAGCACCCUGAUCCGUCACCAAUUUAUCCACACUGGGGAGAUGCCCUACGAGUGCUCAGAGUGUGGGAAGAAGUUUCCCGUCAACUCCCAGCUCAUGCAGCACUACCAGACACACACGGCUGAGAGGCCCUACAAGUGUCCUGACUGCGGGAAGGGCUUCAGGGAUAACUCUAGGCUUGUUAUUCACCGGCGCAUCCACACCGGGGAGAAGCCCUAUGAGUGUGAGGUGUGUGGGAAGAGCUUCAGCAACAGCUCCUCACUGAUCCUCCACUGGAGGAUCCACACUGGGGACCGGCCCUACAAGUGUGAGGAGUGUGGGAAGGACUUCAGGCAACGUUCCAACCUAAUCCGUCACCAAAGGAUCCACACUGGGGAGAGGCCCUACGAGUGCUCAGAGUGUGGGAAGAGGUUUUACUGCAGCUCCCAGCUCAUGCAGCACUACCAGACACACACGGAUGAGAGACCCUACGAGUGUCCUGACUGUGGGAAGGGCUUCAGGAAAAACUCCACACUCAUGAGACACCGGCGCAUCCACACUGGGAAAAGGCCCUACAAGUGUGAGGAUUGUGGGAAGGACUUCAGGCAACGUUCCAACCUAAUCCGUCACCAAAGUAUCCACACUGGAGAGAAGCCCUACGAGUGCUCAGAGUGUGGGAAGAGGUUUUACUCCCGCUCCCUGCUCAUGCAGCACUACCAGACACACACGGAUGAGAGACCCUACGAGUGUCCUGAUUGCGGGAAGGUCUUCAGGAAAAACUCCAACCUCAUCAUCCACCGGCGCAUCCACACCGGGGAGAGGCCCUAUGUGUGUACUGAAUGUGGGAAAAGCUUCUCCUGCAGAUCAGCCCGGAGCUCGGACCUGGUGGUUCAUGAGCAGCUUCAUGAUGGAGCGAAGCUCCACAAGUGCUUGGAGUGUGGGAUGAGCUUCACAUGGAGGAGCAGCUUUAUCUGUCACAAGAGAAUCCACACAGGGGAACGACCCUACAAGUGUGGGGAUUGUGGGAAGGGCUUCAGACGCCGUUCCGACCUGAUUCGUCACCAAAGCAUCCACACUGGGGAGAGGCCCUACAAAUGUGGGGAUUGUGGGAAGGACUUCAGGCAACGUUCCAGCCUAAUCUGUCACCAAAGGAUCCACACUGGGGAGAAGCCCUACGAGUGCUCAGAGUGUGGGAUGAGGUUUCCCGUCAACUCCCAGCUCAUGCAGCACUACCAGACGCACACGGAUGAGAGACCCUACGAGUGUCCUGAUUGCGGGAAGGUCUUCAGGAAAAACUCCAACCUCAUCAUCCACCGGCGCAUCCACACCGGGGAGAGGCCCUAUGUGUGUACUGAAUGUGGGAAAAGCUUCUCCUGCAGAUCAGCCCGGAGCUCGGACCUGGUGGUUCAUGAGCAGCUUCAUGAUGGGGAGAAGCUCCACAAGUGUGAGGAGUGCGGGAUGAGCUUCAGAUGGAGGAGCAGACUUAUCUGUCACCAGAGGAUCCACACCGGGGAACGGCCCUACAAGUGUGGGGAUUGUGGGAAGGGCUUCAGACGCCGUUCCGACCUGAUCCGUCACCAAAGCAUCCACACUGGGGAGAGGCCCUACAAAUGUGGGGAUUGUGGGAAGGACUUCAGGCAACGUUCCAGCCUAAUCUGUCACCAAAGGAUCCACACUGGGGAGAAGCCCUACGAGUGCUCAGAGUGUGGGAUGAGGUUUCCCGUCAACUCCCAGCUCAUGCAGCACUACCAGACACACACGGAUGAGAGACCCUACGAGUGUCCUGACUGUGGGAAGGGCUUCAGGAAAAACUCCACACUCAUGAGACACCGGCGCAUCCACACUGGGGAGAGGGCCUGCAUAUGUGAGGAUUGUGGGAAGGGCUUUAGGGAACGUUCCAAGCUGGUCCAGCACCAAAGGAUCCACACUGGGGAGAGGCCCUACAUAUGUGGGGAUUGUGGGAAGGGCUUCAGACGCCGUUGCAACCUGAUCCGUCACCAAAGCAUCCACACUGGGGAGAGGCCCUACAAAUGUGGGGAUUGUGGGAAGGACUUCAGGCAACGUUCCAGCCUAAUCUGUCACCAAAGGAUCCACACUGGGGAGAAGCCCUACGAGUGCUCAGAGUGUGGGAUGAGGUUUCCCGUCAACUCCCAGCUCAUGCAGCACUACCAGACACACACGGAUGAGAGACCCUACGAGUGUCCUGACUGUGGGAAGGGCUUCAGGAAAAACUCCACACUCAUGAGACACCGGCGCAUCCACACUGGGGAGAGGCCCUACGAGUGUCUCGAGUGUGGGAAAGGCUUCAGCGACAGCUGCAGGCUGAUGUACCACCGGAGGAUCCACACUGGGGAGACGCCCUACAAGUGUGAGGAGUGUGGGAAGAGUUUCCGGCUGAGCAGCCAAUUGAUCCGCCACCAGAAGAUCCACACUGGGGAGAGGCCCUACAAAUGUGGGGAUUGUGGGAAGGAUUUCAGGCAACAUAGCACCCUGAUCCGUCACCAAUUUAUCCACACUGGGGAGAUGCCCUACGAGUGCUCAGAGUGUGGGAAGAAGUUUCCCGUCAACUCCCAGCUCAUGCAGCACUACCAGACACACACGGCUGAGAGGCCCUACAAGUGUCCUGACUGCGGGAAGGGCUUCAGGGAUAACUCUAGGCUUGUUAUUCACCGGCGCAUCCACACCGGGGAGAAGCCCUAUGAGUGUGAGGUGUGUGGGAAGAGCUUCAGCAACAGCUCCUCACUGAUCCUCCACUGGAGGAUCCACACUGGGGACCGGCCCUACAAGUGUGAGGAGUGUGGGAAGGACUUCAGGCAACGUUCCAACCUAAUCCGUCACCAAAGGAUCCACACUGGGGAGAGGCCCUACGAGUGCUCAGAGUGUGGGAAGAGGUUUUACUGCAGCUCCCAGCUCAUGCAGCACUACCAGACACACACGGAUGAGAGACCCUACGAGUGUCCUGACUGUGGGAAGGGCUUCAGGAAAAACUCCACACUCAUGAGACACCGGCGCAUCCACACUGGGAAAAGGCCCUACAAGUGUGAGGAUUGUGGGAAGGACUUCAGGCAACGUUCCAACCUAAUCCGUCACCAAAGUAUCCACACUGGAGAGAAGCCCUACGAGUGCUCAGAGUGUGGGAAGAGGUUUUACUCCCGCUCCCUGCUCAUGCAGCACUACCAGACACACACGGAUGAGAGACCCUACGAGUGUCCUGAUUGCGGGAAGGUCUUCAGGAAAAACUCCAACCUCAUCAUCCACCGGCGCAUCCACACCGGGGAGAGGCCCUAUGUGUGUACUGAAUGUGGGAAAAGCUUCUCCUGCAGAUCAGCCCGGAGCUCGGACCUGGUGGUUCAUGAGCAGCUUCAUGAUGGAGCGAAGCUCCACAAGUGCUUGGAGUGUGGGAUGAGCUUCACAUGGAGGAGCAGCUUUAUCUGUCACAAGAGAAUCCACACAGGGGAACGACCCUACAAGUGUGGGGAUUGUGGGAAGGGCUUCAGACGCCGUUCCGACCUGAUUCGUCACCAAAGCAUCCACACUGGGGAGAGGCCCUACAAAUGUGGGGAUUGUGGGAAGGACUUCAGGCAACGUUCCAGCCUAAUCUGUCACCAAAGGAUCCACACUGGGGAGAAGCCCUACGAGUGCUCAGAGUGUGGGAUGAGGUUUCCCGUCAACUCCCAGCUCAUGCAGCACUACCAGACGCACACGGAUGAGAGACCCUACGAGUGUCCUGAUUGCGGGAAGGUCUUCAGGAAAAACUCCACACUCAUGAGACACCGGCGCAUCCACACCGGGGAGAGGCCCUAUGUGUGUACUGAAUGUGGGAAAAGCUUCUCCUGCAGAUCAGCGUUGACCAUACACCAACGGAGGCACCAAGGCGAAAGACCCAGCCUGGGCCGGGCAGGGGGUCGGAGAUGGAGCCGGAGCUCGGACCUGGUGGUUCAUGAGCAGCUUCAUGAUGGGGAGAAGCUCCACAAGUGUGAGGAGUGCGGGAUGAGCUUCAGAUGGAGGAGCAGACUUAUCUGUCACCAGAGGAUCCACACCGGGGAACGGCCCUACAAGUGUGGGGAUUGUGGGAAGGGCUUCAGACGCCGUUCCGACCUGAUCCGUCACCAAAGCAUCCACACUGGGGAGAGGCCCUACAAAUGUGGGGAUUGUGGGAAGGACUUCAGGCAACGUUCCAGCCUAAUCUGUCACCAAAGGAUCCACACUGGGGAGAAGCCCUACGAGUGCUCAGAGUGUGGGAUGAGGUUUCCCGUCAACUCCCAGCUCAUGCAGCACUACCAGACACACACGGAUGAGAGACCCUACGAGUGUCCUGACUGUGGGAAGGGCUUCAGGAAAAACUCCACACUCAUGAGACACCGGCGCAUCCACACUGGGGAGAGGGCCUGCAUAUGUGAGGAUUGUGGGAAGGGCUUUAGGGAACGUUCCAAGCUGGUCCAGCACCAAAGGAUCCACACUGGGGAGAGGCCCUACAUAUGUGGGGAUUGUGGGAAGGGCUUCAGACGCCGUUGCAACCUGAUCCGUCACCAAAGCAUCCACACUGGGGAGAGGCCCUACAAAUGUGGGGAUUGUGGGAAGGACUUCAGGCAACGUUCCAGCCUAAUCUGUCACCAAAGGAUCCACACUGGGGAGAAGCCCUACGAGUGCUCAGAGUGUGGGAUGAGGUUUCCCGUCAACUCCCAGCUCAUGCAGCACUACCAGACACACACGGAUGAGAGACCCUACGAGUGUCCUGACUGUGGGAAGGGCUUCAGGAAAAACUCCACACUCAUGAGACACCGGCGCAUCCACACUGGGGAGAGGCCCUACGAGUGUCUCGAGUGUGGGAAAGGCUUCAGCGACAGCUGCAGGCUGAUGUACCACCGGAGGAUCCACACUGGGGAGACGCCCUACAAGUGUGAGGAGUGUGGGAAGAGUUUCCGGCUGAGCAGCCAAUUGAUCCGCCACCAGAAGAUCCACACUGGGGAGAGGCCCUACAAAUGUGGGGAUUGUGGGAAGGAUUUCAGGCAACAUAGCACCCUGAUCCGUCACCAAUUUAUCCACACUGGGGAGAUGCCCUACGAGUGCUCAGAGUGUGGGAAGAAGUUUCCCGUCAACUCCCAGCUCAUGCAGCACUACCAGACACACACGGCUGAGAGGCCCUACAAGUGUCCUGACUGCGGGAAGGGCUUCAGGGAUAACUCUAGGCUUGUUAUUCACCGGCGCAUCCACACCGGGGAGAAGCCCUAUGAGUGUGAGGUGUGUGGGAAGAGCUUCAGCAACAGCUCCUCACUGAUCCUCCACUGGAGGAUCCACACUGGGGACCGGCCCUACAAGUGUGAGGAGUGUGGGAAGGACUUCAGGCAACGUUCCAACCUAAUCCGUCACCAAAGGAUCCACACUGGGGAGAGGCCCUACGAGUGCUCAGAGUGUGGGAAGAGGUUUUACUGCAGCUCCCAGCUCAUGCAGCACUACCAGACACACACGGAUGAGAGACCCUACGAGUGUCCUGACUGUGGGAAGGGCUUCAGGAAAAACUCCACACUCAUGAGACACCGGCGCAUCCACACUGGGAAAAGGCCCUACAAGUGUGAGGAUUGUGGGAAGGACUUCAGGCAACGUUCCAACCUAAUCCGUCACCAAAGUAUCCACACUGGAGAGAAGCCCUACGAGUGCUCAGAGUGUGGGAAGAGGUUUUACUCCCGCUCCCUGCUCAUGCAGCACUACCAGACACACACGGAUGAGAGACCCUACGAGUGUCCUGAUUGCGGGAAGGUCUUCAGGAAAAACUCCAACCUCAUCAUCCACCGGCGCAUCCACACCGGGGAGAGGCCCUAUGUGUGUACUGAAUGUGGGAAAAGCUUCUCCUGCAGAUCAGCCCGGAGCUCGGACCUGGUGGUUCAUGAGCAGCUUCAUGAUGGAGCGAAGCUCCACAAGUGCUUGGAGUGUGGGAUGAGCUUCACAUGGAGGAGCAGCUUUAUCUGUCACAAGAGAAUCCACACAGGGGAACGACCCUACAAGUGUGGGGAUUGUGGGAAGGGCUUCAGACGCCGUUCCGACCUGAUUCGUCACCAAAGCAUCCACACUGGGGAGAGGCCCUACAAAUGUGGGGAUUGUGGGAAGGACUUCAGGCAACGUUCCAGCCUAAUCUGUCACCAAAGGAUCCACACUGGGGAGAAGCCCUACGAGUGCUCAGAGUGUGGGAUGAGGUUUCCCGUCAACUCCCAGCUCAUGCAGCACUACCAGACGCACACGGAUGAGAGACCCUACGAGUGUCCUGAUUGCGGGAAGGUCUUCAGGAAAAACUCCACACUCAUGAGACACCGGCGCAUCCACACCGGGGAGAGGCCCUAUGUGUGUACUGAAUGUGGGAAAAGCUUCUGCCGGAGCUCGGACCUGGUGGUUCAUGAGCAGCUUCAUGAUGGGGAGAAGCUCCACAAGUGCUUGGAGUGCGGGAUGAGCUUCAGAUGGAGGAGCAGCCUUAUCUGUCACCAGAGGAUCCACACCGGGGAACGGCCCUACAAGUGUGGGGAUUGUGGGAAGGGCUUCAGACGCCGUUGCAACCUGAUCCGUCACCAAAGCAUCCACACUGGGGACCGGCCCUACAAGUGUGAGGAGUGUGGGAAGGACUUCAGGCACCGUUCCAACCUAAUCCGUCACCAAAGGAUCCACACUGGGGAGAGGCCCUACGAGUGCUCAGAGUGUGGGAAGAGGUUUUACUGCAGCUCCCAGCUCAUGCAGCACUACCAGACACACACGGAUGAGAGACCCUACGAGUGUCCUGAUUGCGGGAAGGUCUUCAGGAAAAACUCCAACCUCAUCAUCCACCGGCGCAUCCACACCGGGGAGAGGCCCUAUGUGUGUACUGAAUGUGGGAAAAGCUUCUCCUGCAGAUCAGCGUUGACCAUACACCAACGGAUUCAUGAUGGGGAGAAGCUCCACAAGUGCUUGGAGUGCGGGAUGAGCUUCAGAUGGAGGAGCAGCCUUAUCUGUCACCAGAGGAUCCACACCGGGGAACGGCCCUACAAGUGUGGGGAUUGUGGGAAGGGCUUCAGACGCCGUUGCAACCUGAUCCGUCACCAAAGCAUCCACACUGGGGACCGGCCCUACAAGUGUGAGGAGUGUGGGAAGGACUUCAGGCACCGUUCCAACCUAAUCCGUCACCAAAGGAUCCACACUGGGGAGAGGCCCUACGAGUGCUCAGAGUGUGGGAAGAGGUUUUACUGCAGCUCCCAGCUCAUGCAGCACUACCAGACACACACGGAUGAGAGACCCUACGAGUGUCCUGAUUGCGGGAAGGUCUUCAGGAAAAACUCCAACCUCAUCAUCCACCGGCGCAUCCACACCGGGGAGAGGCCCUAUGUGUGUACUGAAUGUGGGAAAAGCUUCUCCUGCAGAUCAGCGUUGACCAUACACCAACGGAUUCAUGAUGGGGAGAAGCUCCACAAGUGCUUGGAGUGCGGGAUGAGCUUCAGAUGGAGGAGCAGCCUUAUCUGUCACCAGAGGAUCCACACCGGGGAACGGCCCUACAAGUGUGGGGAUUGUGGGAAGGGCUUCAGGCAGUGUUCCAACCUGAUCCGUCACCGAAGUAUCCACACUGGGGAGAGGCCCUACGAGUGCUCAGAGUGUGGGAAGAGGUUUUACUCCAGCUCCCAGCUCAUGCAGCACUACCAGACACACACGGAUGAGAGACCCUACGAGUGUCCUGACUGCGGGAAGGGCUUCCUGCAAAACUCCUACCUCAUCACCCACCGGCGCAUCCACACCGGGGAGAGGCCCUACGAGUGUCCCGAGUGUGGGAAAAGCUUCUCCUGCAGAUCAACCUUGGUCAGUCACCAACGGAGGCACCAGUAAGAGAAGCCAUGUGAGUGCCCUGAGCGCAGGAAGAGCUUCGUGCGCUGCUCCAAGUCCAUCCCCCACUGGAUGACCCACAAUCUUCAGAGCCCUGGUGACCCACAUUCCCUGGGAUGCAGUUUGGGAAGGCACCUGGCUGGUUAUCCUUUUGUUUUGGCCUUAUUUUUUGUCUGUCCUCCAUCUCUUUGUGCUCCAAAGCCAAGAGGGAUGGGCCUGUCCCCUCUAAACCACUCAAAUUCCCAUGAACACACCUCAACUUCAACCCAGAAGGGCUCCAUCCCACCUCCAAGUGGAUUGUUCCCGCCUCAAAACAACUCAGUCCCACACGAACCUUGCUGGAUUCCACAGUCACCAGGGGGAGAAGGGGUUGGAAGGAGAUUGGGAGGAGUGGGAUCCAAAUUUCGAGCAGUGGGAUCGGGAUUGUGUGGGACUGGCUGGGCAGCUUGUAUUUGAUAGCAAAUAAAAUUUUCGCGGUUCCUGAUUUCUGUCCCGUUCACUCUCCGUCAGUUCCAGUUCUGUUUUCAGU